GAAGGCCGGCCGAUGGCAGCAUGCGCUUGGGACCUGGAUGCAGAUGAACGCGUACCAGGUACAACCCAAUCUCAUCCACUGCAAUGCUGCUCUCAGUGCGUGCGAGAAGGCCGGGGCUUGGGAGGCCGCUUUCGAGCUUUUGAAGGUCUUGCCAAGCAUCUCCUUGCGUGCAGACGUGAUCACCUGCAGUGCUUUAAUUAGUGCCUGUGAGAAGGGGGGCUGCUGGGAGCAGUCGCUAGAGCUCUUGACGCGGAUGGGAAGAGAGCAGCUCGAGGCUGAUGUUAUUUGCUUCAACGGCGCCAUCAGUGCCUGUGAGAAGUGCGGGCAGUGGGAGCAAGCACUUCGAAUCCUUGGGUCUUUGCCCGACUAUGGACUGCACCCGACGAAGAACAGCUUCAAUGCCGCGAUCCGCGCUUGCGGGUGGGACGGUCAGUGGCAGAAUGCCUUGCUCUUGCUUGGGGACAUGGAGGACAAG